GUUUAAAAGACAGGUUCGGGGGGGGACUAGAAGAACAGGAGCAGCAGAACCCGAAGAGAAGCCCAUCUCAACGAUUUUCUGCCCAAUUGAGCCACCUUCAUCCAUCCUCUGCCUCCCCCGAGACCCAGAAGAAGAUGCUCUCGACGCGUGUCCAGUGCGCCCUAGCGCUACUUUCCCUAGCCCUGGCCAUCAGCCGCGUCUCUGCUGCUCCGUCCGAUGUCAAACUCCGCCAGCAGCUCCAACGGUCACUCAUGGCACCUGCAGGCAAACAGGUAAAUACCUUCAAUCAGACUUUCAUUAUUAGUCUUCGUAUAUCUCCAGCUGCAGUGGCCAUAUGAUGGUACAGAUGUAAACUACAUUUUAAGUAGAUUUACCUCUAGAGUCUAUACCUUCUAGAGAUGUAAGUUUAAACACAUGUGUUGCCAUACAGUUACCUCUGUGGUUUUACUGGCAGGCGCAGGGGAAAUGAAUUGAUCAAAUUAGCAUGAUGCAGGGAAGUGACCACGAAAUGAAGUAUUUGUGUUUAUUAUGGAUCCCCAUUAGCUGCUGCAACUUUUCCUGGGGUCCAGCAAAAUUAAGGCAUUUAUAUACAAUAAAGAAAACAUUACAACACAAAAUCCAUGUGUAUGUGUGGGUAUAGUGCAUAUGUUAUCGUGUGUGUCGUCUAUGCCUGUGUGUGUGUCUCUUCACAGUUUACACUGUUCCAUAAGGUGUACUUUUAUCUGUUUUUUCAAUCUGAUUUUACUGCUUGCAUGAGUUACUAUAUUUAUAUAUUCUUAUUUUAUUCCUUUACUUAGAUUUGUGUGUAUCAGGUUUUUGUUGUGGAACUGUUAGAUAUUACUUGCUAGAUAUUGCUGCACUGUCGGAACUAGAAGCACAAGCAUUUCGCUACACUCGCAAUAACAUCUGCUAACCAUGUGUAUGUGACCAAUACAUUUGAUUUGAUUUGAUUUGAUGGACUAGAGUUCUGUGUAGUCAUGGCUCUUUGUAGUACUGUUCGCCUCCAAUAGUCUGUUCUGGACUUGGGGACUGUGAAGAGACCUCUGGUGGCAUGUCUUGUGGGGUAUGUAUGGGUGUCUGAGCUGUGUGCUAGUAGUUUAAACAGACAGCUCGGUGCAUUCAACAUGUCAAUACUUCUCACAAAUACAAGUAGUGAUGAAGUCAAUCUCUCCUCCUCCUCUACUUUGAGCCAGGAGUGAUUGACAUGCAUAUUAUUAACUGCGGAGGUAUUUGGAAAUACUGCUAUCAGAGCAACUAACGAAAUAUAAAUGUGAAUUGUUCUAUAUUUUAAAUCAACUUUUUAAAUGAAAAAUUGUAAAAUAAGAACUAAAGAGUAUUUGUGGUAUGCUGUAGUUAGUUGUCAAUUACGCAUAAUAGUCAGAACAUAUGGUAGAAUAGCUAAUGUUUAUUAAUGAAUCGUGUUUUUAUUUAUUUAUUUUUACAUGUUGGGAAAAAAAUUAGUUUUACAUCUCAUGCUGCGUAGCAGCAUUGGAAAGGUAAUUUUUAUAGAUUUGCAGACAGCUUAAAUACAUAGAAAUAAUGCAGAUCAAAUAGCCUACAUCUAUUUAUUCUAGCAAUGUGAGCAAAGAGAAAACAUUCAAACACUGAUUUCCUUCCUAAAUGGGUAGGCUACAUUUUAUUAAGGCAUGUUGAUUUGUUUCUAUUUCAGUGGAUCUUGUUGCUAAAAUGUGCAAUUUCCUGUCUCCACAAAACAGAAGAAAUAACAACGUAAUCUUAUUUGAUCUAUUUUCAGGAGCUUGCCAGGAAUACACUCGCAGAGCUGCUCUCAGAGCUCGCACAAGCAGAGAACGAGGCGAUUGAGUUGGACGACAUGUCUCGUGGCGUGGAGCAGGAGGAUGUGCAUCUCGAGCUGGAGCGUGCAGCCGGCUCAGUACUGGCUCCACGUGAACGCAAGGCUGGAUGCAAGAACUUCUUCUGGAAAACCUUUACAUCAUGUUAGUUCAUCUACACCCAUGUCCUUUACUGCAUGUACUACAUCUCAUCUCUUUUGUUUUAAUCAUUCACUGCUGAAUCCAAUGCACCAUGACCUAACCCGCCUGUCCAACAAAUUUAAAUAAACACUGUUAAAACAUUAACAACAAUCAUUCUGAUGUUUUUAUCGAUCAUGUAGAUUUUUUCAGAAAAAAAACAUGAAAGAAUCUUCUACAAAUGUAUGCAAUUCUGCUUUUGACUGUGCUUUAUGUAUUCUGGCAGAUGAACUAUUUUUUAUUGUUUGUUUGAAUAAAGUCUGUUUCAGAACCAAUG